GUCUCCGGGAGCAGGAGUGAGUGUGUGUGUGUGCUGCUAUCAUCUGACAGCACGCAGGGGCUGCGUUCCCCGAGAAAAGCUCCGCUCUCUCAGUUUUCUGGCCGUCUUGUUGUCUUUGUCGACAGUGAUAAAGAGAGCAGUUCAACCAGGGCCUGUUUUUUGGAAUAAGAAAGGCAUUGCUGUUUUCUGACUUUGAGAGAAGAAAGAAGGGACUCCUCCGGAAUUUCCUAGGGGAUUUAUUCGGACCGCCUCGUUCCCGGGGCUUCGCCUCCUGCCGCCUGGGUUUAUAAUGUGACCAACUAAUCCACACUAGGGAGAUUCUGAGGAGUUCUCUUCUUUCUUUACUCUGGUCCGAGGCAGCGAUCGCAAUUGAUUAUUCCAAACAGGUGGGGGAAAAGGGGGCAGUCAUUUUAGUGGCGUGUCGGCGAGGUAAACCCGCAGCAGUAGGCAGCAUGUUGGCACCUGCAUGAGCCCGAGAGAGGAGCCUCAUUUCUUGUUCUCUUUCCUGAGACAUCAACCACAGGAUGAGGCCUGCGGCAGGUCUCAGGAGAGAGAAUGUUCCAUGACUUUCACACCUUCAACCUCAAGCUCUUGAACUGUUGGGAAGGUUGCUUGAGUGCUGAAAGGCUGUGAAUACCCUGCAUCUGAGAAAUCAGACCAGACUGACUCACAGGGCUCUGUGAGCCAGCACCACUGAGGCUGCCAAAGCAUGCCGGUGCCAAGCUGUCCCACCAUGCACAGAGCCAGACCCACGCUGCUGCUGCCGCUGCUGUUUGUCCUGGGUCUGCUUCUCCACCUCGCCGACGCGCAAACACCACCAAAGUUUUUAAGAAUCCCCAAUGACCAAACAGGCGUGCAAGGAGGCGUGGCAUCCUUCAUCUGCCAAGCUACAGGAGAUCCACGGCCGAAGAUUGUGUGGAACAAGAAGGGGAAGAAAGUCAGCAACCAGAGAUUUGAGGUGAUUGAGUUCGACGAUGGCUCUGGUUCAGUGCUAAGAAUUCAGCCAUUGCGCACACCCCGAGAUGAAGCCAUAUAUGAAUGCGUUGCCUCCAACAGUGUUGGAGAGACGAGCACUUCUACCAAACUCACAGUUUUACGUGAGGACCAGCUGCCCCCUGGUUUCCCCACAAUAGACAUGGGCCCACAGUUGAAAGUGGUGGAGCGAACACGCACUGCCACCAUGCUUUGUGCCGCCAGUGGCAACCCAGACCCAGACAUCUACUGGUUCAAAGACUUCCUCCCUGUCAACACCACCAACAACAAUGGGCGCAUUAAACAGCUCAGAUCAGAAUCCUUUGGUGGUACACCAAUAAGAGGAGCCCUCCAGAUAGAGCAGAGCGAAGAGUCUGACCAGGGGAAGUAUGAAUGUGUGGCGACCAACAAUGAUGGAACCCGCUACUCUGCCCCAGCAAACCUAUACGUCAGAGAGCUGCGAGAAGUACGCCGAGUGCCACCACGAUUCUCCAUUCCACCUACAGAUAAUGAAAUCAUGCCAGGAGGCAGUGUCAAUAUCACAUGUGUGGCAGUUGGUUCUCCUAUGCCAUAUGUCAAGUGGAUGCUGGGUGCUGAAGACUUGACGCCAGAGGACGACAUGCCCAUUGGACGGAAUGUCUUGGAGCUUACAGACGUCCGGCAAUCGGCCAACUACACCUGUGUGGCCAUGUCAACCCUGGGGGUGAUAGAGGCUGUGGCACAGAUAACAGUCAAAGGUAGGAUUCCAUUUAGUUAUUCUUAUAAGUACAUGCUGAAAAUUCAGAAUAUGCUGUUGCACUGGGACUCUGGCAAUCCUGAGCCAGUGUCCUACUACAUCAUCCAACACAAGUCCAAGUACUCAGAAGACUUGUACAAGGAGAUCGAUGGUGUAGCCACCACUCGGUACAGUGUGGGAGGCCUCAGCCCGUAUUCGGACUACGAGUUUCGGGUGGUGGCGGUGAACAACAUCGGGCGAGGGCCACCCAGUGAGAGCAUUGAGGCCAAAACAGCUGAGCAGGCACCCAGCACGGCGCCGAGGCAGGUCAGAGGUCACAUGCUGAGCACCACCACAGCUGUCAUCCACUGGGAUGAGCCAGAAGAAGCCAACGGGCAGAUCAUGGGCUACAGAGUCUAUUACACAAUGGAUUCCACUCAGCACGUCAACCUCUGGGAGAAGCAGAUUGUUCGGGGGGCUAAUUUUGUCACCAUCCAGGGUCUCAUCCCUAAUAAGACCUACUACAUCAAGGUUCUGGCCUACACCUCAGUAGGUGACGGACCUCUCUCUCCAGAUCUCCAGAUCAUUGCUAAGACGGGAGUUCCCUCGCAACCAACCGACUUCAAAGGAGAAGCCAAAUCAGAAACAAGCAUUUUACUUUCAUGGACUGCCCCAACACAGACUGGACAAGAAAAUCAAAUCACAGGAUAUGAACUUAUGUACAGGAAGAGGGACGACAAAGAGGAGAAACAUAUCAGCUUUGAGCCAACAACAACAUAUCUGCUGAAGGACUUGAAGCCCUUCACUACAUAUAAUUUUCGGCUUGCCGCCCGUAGUAAACAUGGAGUUGGAGCUUAUACCAACGAGAUCUCUGCAGAAACUCCACAGACACAACCCUCGGGUCCACCUCAGGAAGUCAAGUGCCACAGCCCCAGCUCCACCAGCAUCCUGGUAAGUUGGCGGCCACCCCCAGUGGAAUUACAAAAUGGGAUCCUAACACAAUACACCAUCCAGUAUGCUCCAACUGAAGGGGAGGAUACUACUACUCAACAAAUUUCCAGCAUCCCUCCGGAAAGCUCCCAGUACCUUUUGGAAAACUUGGAAAAAUGGACAGAGUACCUUGUGACGGUCACUGCUCAUACAGAUGUUGGAGCAGGACCAAAAAGCCUGCCACAGCUCAUCCGCACAGAGGAGGAUGUUCCUAGUGGGCCACCUCGUAAAGUUGAGGUGGAGGCCGUCAACUCCUCAUCAAUUAAAGUGAUCUGGCGCUCACCGAUGCCCACCAAGCAGCACGGCCAGAUCCGAGGGUACCAGGUGCACUAUGUCAGGAUGGUUAAUGGGGAGCCCACAGGACAGCCAGUCAUCAAGGACAUCCUGAUUGAUGAUGCCCAGUGGGAAUAUGAUGAUUCAACUGAACAUGAAAUGAUCAUCUCAGAGCUGCAAGCUGACAAACUGAUCACCACCACCGGCGCAGUUCCCGAUAAACCUCGCCUAAUGGUCAGCACAACUAACAUGGGGACAGCUCUCCUCCAGUGGCAUCCCCCAGCAUUAACCCACGGGCCCCUGCAAGGCUAUCGCCUCCGUUUUGGCCGCAAAGAUGUGGAUCCCCUGACUGUUAUUGAAUUUCCUGAGCGAGAGAACCACUACACUACCAAAGAGAUCCAUAAGGGAGCCUCGUACACUUUUCGCCUUUCAGCACGCAAUAAGGUGGGCUUUGGUGAAGAGACAGUCAAAGAAGUCACCACAAAUGAGGAUGUCCCAAGUGGCUACCCCCAGAGCAUUACAGCCGAGGGGGCCACCACCUCUACCAUUCAGGUUAGCUGGCAACCUGUUUUGCUGGCAGAGCGAAAUGGUCAAAUAGUGAAAUAUGCUCUGCAGUACAAGGACAUCAACAGCCCUCGCAGUCCCUCAGAACUCUUUAUCACUGCCCCGGAAUCAACAGUCAUCGUGGAUGGCCUUAAGGCGGAUACCACUUACGAUAUUAAAAUGUGUGCCUUCACCAGCAAGGGCUCUGGUCCCUAUAGCCCAAGUGUCCAAUUCAGGACACAGCCUUUGGAUCAAGUGUUUGCAAAAAAUUUUCACGUGAAAGCUGCCAUGAAGACAUCAGUAUUGCUGACCUGGGAAAUCCCAGACAACUACAACCCAGCUCAACCUUUCACUAUUCUCUAUGACAAUGGCCAGAGCGUGGAGGUGGAUGGAAAGCGAACACAGAAGCUAAUCACAGGUCUUCAACCUGAGACGCAGUACUCCUUCCUUCUGACCAACCGUGGCAACAGUGCCGGAGGUUUGCAGCACCGUGUGUCCACCAUGACAGCCCCGGACAUCCUUCGCACCAAACCCUACCUGAUUGGCAAGACCAACUCAGACGGUAUGGUGACUGUGGAACUACCAUCUGUCCAAACAUCUGAGAGAGUAAGGGGAUAUUACAUUGUGGUAGUACCUCUAAAGAAGCAGCGCACUGGGAAGUUUUUCAAACCCUGGGACAAUCCCGAUGAGAUGAACCUGGAGGAGCUGCUGAAGGAAAUAAACCGAACUAGCAGAGGCCUUCGGUUCCGGAGACAGGAAGAAACCAAAGCCUAUAUUGCUGCCUACUUCAAAGACUUGCCUAAGGAGUUCACGCUGGGAGAUGGCAAGAUUAUUGGGGACUUUGAGAACAAGCAGCUGCAGAAUGGCCAAGAGUACAUCUUCUUUGUACUUGCUGUUCUAGAGAUGUCUGAAAAUAUCAUGUAUGCCACCAGCCCCUACUCCGACUCGGUUGUUUCAGCUGACAUUGAUCCCCAGCCCAUCAUUGAUGAGGAGGAAGGCCUCAUCUGGGUGGUGGGCCCUGUGCUAGCAGUCGUUUUCAUCAUAUGCAUCGUCAUUGCCAUCCUCCUUUACAAAAGAAAAAGAGCAGAAUCUGAAGCUAGGAAAGGCAGUCUCCCCAACAGCAAGGAAAUGCCACUGCACCAUCCCACUGACCCCGUUGAGCUUCGACGUCUCAACUUCCAAACACCUGGUAUGGCAAGCCACCCUCCAAUCCCAAUCAUGGACCUGGCAGAUCAUCUGGAGCGCCUGAAAGCCAACGACAACCUCAAGUUUUCACAGGAAUAUGAGUCCAUUGACCCUGGUCAGCAGUUCACAUGGGAACACUCGAACCUGGAGGUCAACAAACCAAAGAAUAGAUAUGCCAACGUGAUUGCCUAUGAUCAUUCCAGAGUCCUGCUCUCUGCUAUUGACGGUAUCCCUGGAAGUGACUAUAUCAACGCCAACUAUAUAGAUGGCUACAGGAAGCAGAACGCCUACAUUGCCACCCAAGGAUCUCUGCCAGAAACAUUUGGUGACUUCUGGAGGAUGAUUUGGGAGCAGAGGAGUGCCAUUAUUGUCAUGAUGACCAAACUGGAGGAGAGAUCCAGGGUGAAGUGUGACCAGUACUGGCCCACACGAGGGACAGAAACCUACGGUCUCAUCCAAGUGACACUGCUAGACACAGUAGAGCUGGCCACAUACUGUGUCAGGACAUUUGCACUUUUUAAAAAUGGCUCCAGUGAGAAGAGAGAGGUGAGACAGUUCCAAUUCACAGCCUGGCCAGACCACGGAGUACCAGAGCAUCCCACUCCGUUCCUGGCCUUCCUGAGGCGAGUCAAAGCUUGCAAUCCUCCAGAUGCGGGGCCCAUGGUGGUACACUGCAGUGCUGGUGUGGGACGCACAGGCUGCUUCAUCGUGAUCGAUGCCAUGCUGGAACGUAUCAAACAUGAGAAGACUGUUGACAUCUAUGGGCACGUAACGCUAAUGCGUGCCCAACGCAACUACAUGGUGCAGACAGAAGACCAGUACGUCUUCAUACAUGACGCGCUCCAGGAGGCUGUCAACUGUGGCACCACAGAAGUGCCCGCCAGAAACCUCUAUGCCUACAUCCAGAAACUGACACAGAUAGAAGGUGGAGAGAAUGUUACCGGCAUGGAACUUGAGUUCAAGCGUUUAGCCAACACUAAAGCCCAUACAUCACGAUUCAUCAGUGCCAAUCUCCCCUGCAACAAGUUCAAGAACCGCCUUGUUAACAUAAUGCCAUACGAGUCCACACGAGUGUGUCUUCAGCCCAUUCGAGGAGUUGAGGGUUCAGACUACAUCAAUGCCAGCUUCAUUGAUGGCUACAGGCAACAGAAAGCCUACGUUGCCACACAAGGACCUCUAGCAGAGACCACAGAAGACUUCUGGAGAAUGCUCUGGGAGCACAACUCUACUAUUGUUGUUAUGCUCACCAAGCUUAGAGAAAUGGGCAGGGAAAAAUGCCACCAGUACUGGCCAGCAGAGAGGUCAGCCAGAUACCAGUACUUUGUAGUGGAUCCCAUGGCCGAAUAUAACAUGCCCCAGUACAUCCUGAGAGAGUUCAAAGUGACCGAUGCCAGGGUAAGAACACGUUGUUGCAAACAGUUUCAGUUCACCGACUGGCCUGAACAAGGUGUGCCAAAAUCAGGAGAGGGCUUCAUUGAUUUCAUUGGCCAAGUACAUAAAACAAAAGAGCAGUUCGGCCAAGAUGGACCUAUCUCGGUCCACUGUAGCGCAGGAGUUGGUAGAACUGGAGUUUUCAUCACCCUCAGCAUAGUCUUGGAACGAAUGAGAUACGAGGGCGUAGUAGACAUCUUUCAGACAGUGAAAAUGCUACGGACACAGAGACCAGCUAUGGUGCAGACAGAGGAUCAAUACCAGUUCUGCUACAGAGCUGGCCUGGAAUACCUGGGAAGCUUUGAUCACUAUGCAACGUAAAAGAUCCAGUACUGGGAGGAAAAGCAGAGAGCCCUUUGGAAAGAAACCCCAGCGAGCCUCUCUUCUGAGCCAUAAAUUCCUGCUUGAGAAAGUACUCCUUAACUCCUGCUAACAACUCAUUAAGUGUUGGAUGUGCAACAUGACUUAUCAAAAAAUGAAAAAGAUGAUUACUGGAGGACCAAGUAUUUCCCAACCCCAAUAAGACCUCACUUUGACACAGAGUGAGUGAAUCCUGACUGUUGAAGCAUCAUACAGAAUUACCUUUUCUUUGGCUUCAAGGAUUUAUUUUGGGGCUCAUAACACUGAACAACACCAACACAACAAAAAA